UACAGGUACAGUCAUUUUAUAUGACAAAAGCUCAAGCUUUACUGCUCAAUUUCCAAAAACACUGUCUCCCAUUCUCAACAAAAAAAUAUGAAAAUACUGUAAAUUUACCACUUAUCAUACAUAUAAAGUGCCACCAAAACAGUCCUUAGCUCCUGUACUGCACACCAAUUUGCCUAGAAAACUCUUUCUCAUAUCACCCUUCUUCUUCUUAUUCUUCCUCUUUCACCAACCAACUUUUUCAAGAGAAAAAGUAAAGUUCAUUAUUGUUUCCAAAUCAUGAAUGCUUUUAUGUUAUCUUUGGUAUUUUUAUUGGCUAUCAUUGGUUACUCAAGUGCCAAUUACUGUAUUUGCAAAGAUGGUGUAGAUGUAAAAAUUCUUCAGGAGAACAUAGAUUAUGCCUGUGGAUCUGGAGCUGAUUGCACAGCUAUCCAUACUAAUGGUGCUUGUUACAACCCUGACACUGUCAAAGAUCACUGCAACUAUGCUGUAAAUAGCUAUUAUCAAAGGAAAGGUGCAUCUGGUGCUAGUUGUGACUUUAAAGGAACUGCAACUUUGACAUCAACUGCACCAGCUUCCACUGGUUCUGGAUGUGUAUAUCAGUCCACUGCUGGUAACACAGGUGGAAAUACAACUCCAACAACUGUACCAGGAACCACAAGUCCAUCAACAGGAGGCACUAGCACUAGCACUAACACUGGCACAGGAAGUGGCACAACAUUACCAGGAACUAAUCCAGUUUUUGGACUUGGACCAAGUGGCAUGACCAACACAGACAUAAAUGAGAGUACUACUAUUCAUCAAAGCUAUGUGUUUUUCACCAUUGCCCUUUUGUUUACAAGCUUCUUGGUAUAUGCUUAAGGGUCUAAAGGCAGUGAAUGAAGGGACAAUUGAGCCCAUUUGCCUAAUUGGACACAAAUUCCACUUCUUUUUUUUGUUUAGCAUCUACUUUUCUUUGUCGUGAAAAAGUUGGAACUGGAUCCCCUUUAAGAGGAGGUGGAACAGUUUAUUAAUUAGUGGUGUAGAAGGGGCCUAAUCUCUUAUCUUUUAGAUUUUUCCCUUUUGUAUAUCUAGAGAGUAGAGAGAGGCUGUAAUUUUUUUAUUCAAAUAUUGUUAUCAAUGAGUACUCACUACUCUUCCACCUU